AUGGCAUCAGUGCAGCCUGCUCCGUUGGAGCAAGUCCUUCACCAACUCGUCAAUAACCUGGCCGAACUGACCAGAAUCCUGUCUGGUCAGGAAAGUUCUGAACACGCACAGAACAAGCAACUGGUCGCACAGAAUUCUCCAGAAACUAAGAGCGAUGUGGGAAUGUCCACACAAUUACCACUCGAGGUGGAAACAAUUUUGUGUGUAACGCCAGUCGCCGCCUCUGACCUAAUAGAAGCAGUCGUUCCAGUAGAAGGCUCAUCGGACGCAACACGAGGUGUCCAUGAGAGUACUACAGCAUCUGAACCGCCGCUAGAGAUCGCGCCACUGCAAUGUGGAGCGCCAGCUACCAAUCCUGAUAUCUCGACAGAGGCUGUUCCAGCGAAUGUCUCAACUGACAGACCGCCAGACACUUCUGAGAAUACCGCAACGCCUGCGCCACCACAGCUCGAUGAUUCUAACCACCCCGAAGAUGUCGUUACAGUAACGGGCGCUCCAUCAGAAGACUCUGGGAGUCCUGUAGUGUCUGAGCUACCACAACCCGAUGCUAUAGUUCGCUUACCAAGAGAUCUGGAUGAGUGGUUCGUCAGCCCUCUUCCUACCGGCAUUCGCAUGAAGAUAUUUCAAGCUGCCGGUACUUCAUUUCUCAUGAGUCAUCCUUUGUUUGGUUUCAUGACAUUGAAACUGAACUUGGAGAAAGCUGGUGCUUCGACAUCGAUUCUCGAGGAAUUCACGGAAGAUCCCCUCCGCAUAGGCCUCUGGGAACAGUAUAUUGAAAUCGCAUAUACACAAUACACGUACUACGUCAGAACUAAGUUCCAGUUGGUCGAACUUCCAGCCCUGGAAGGAAAAGAUGCGCGUGAGCUCUAUAUAUGCGUUAGAUCAAGGAUCCGUAGCUUUUGUCAGUCAAACUUCAAAACCAUCCGUCAUGGAACGCGCGAGCUUUUCGUCCCGGAUAUGCAUGAAAUCCAGGACACGCAUCGGCUGGACGAAUUGAUGUUCGAUCGGUCAUUGCAGGUAUCCAAAAGAUACUUUUCAUUGCUUCAAUUCCUCAAGCUUGCCUCGAAUUCUCUGGAAGAAACAGCGUCCAACUUCGAAGCAAAUCACAGGCACUUCCUCGAAGCAGUGUCCUCUGCUACUCAAAUCAUACGUGACGACGAAUUGAAUGGCGUGAAAGAAAGCUGGAAAUACGUCGCCGAGUCCAUCAGUGCGUCAACUAAAAGGCUUCAGGGUCGUGUCAAUCAGCAAAUAGAAGACCUCAAGGUGCAUCAAGAAAGCAUGUUUAACGCAACAUCUUUGCGGGAGACCAACAACGGCAUGGCGUUGAACAGAUCUGUUUACGUGCUUACUGCCUUUACGAUUUUGUACACCCCCAUUGGGUUCAUGGCGACGUUUUGGGCGCUUCCAUUUCUGAACAGUCCCUCCGAUGGUGGAAAGCCAAAGGUACCCGACGGAUUCCAGGAAAGCUUUAUCACAGUACCCAUUCUCACAUACUUCAUUGCCUUUGUUUCCUGUCUCUACCUCGGCUCUUCACGGUUUCGCAAAAUUUCAACCCAAAUUGUCCUAGGGUAUCGGGCGUACCUGUUUGAUCUCUUUGGCCCUGUCAAGUACAUCUGGGAUGUUCUCUUAAAGUUCACCGAACCCUUCCGAGUUGCAAUUCGAGAAAUCCAUCGGCAAAGGGCGACGGUUAGCUUCAGCCCAACCCGAGCUCGAACAUGGACUCAAGGUAUCACAGGAGCGAGUGGGGACACGAACCAGACGCAGCAACGAACCGAAGGGGUCUGA